UAAUAUCCUUCCUUUUCCUCUCUUCCUCUCUUCCUUCUCUCCGUGCUUUCUCUGUGUUUUUUUCUUCUUCUUCUUGCUUCAAACUUCCCACACCAUUGCAUGGCCUUUCCUCUUCAUUUCAUUUGACACACUCCGAAAUGAUUGACGCUGUGGAGAGUUCUAUCAAUGGCGGCGGUUUCUCGCACUUGCAGAGCUGCGGGGAUAGCAGCGAGGAGGAGCUCUCCGUCCUUCCUCGCCAUACCAAAGUCGUCGUUACUGGAAAUAAUCGGACCAAAUCCGUCCUCGUUGGACUGCAAGGCGUUGUCAAGAAAGCCGUGGGCCUUGGCGGCUGGCAUUGGCUGGUUCUAACGAAUGGCAUAGAGGUGAAACUACAGCGGAAUGCGCUUAGUGUGAUCGAGGCUCCUACCAGUAACGAGGAAGAUGACGAUCUCGAAUUUGAGAAUUUGCAAUGGAAUGGAAUUGAUAUGGCAUCCGAUGACGCCCAAAAACCCCACAAAUCAAGGCAUAGAUUACACAAAUCAUCUGGGUCAUCAUCUCACAAGACUAUGAGCAGAUCCCUUUCCUGUGACUCACAGUCCAAGAGUUCUGUUUCUGCACCACAAGGAUCCACGAAGGUUGACCUUAGUAAGUUGGAGAUGGCUGCAUUGUGGAGAUACUGGCAACACUUCAAUCUGGUAGACGCUAUUCCAAACCCGUCAAAAGAGCAACUGAUAGACCUUGUUCAGAGGCAUUUCAUGUCACAGCAACUGGAUGAGUUGCAGGUGAUAAGGGGUUUUGUGAAGGCUGCAAAGAGGCUGAAGACAGUGCAAAUAAGAGGAGAGAAGCUGGGGAAUCCAUUGAGUUGAUCGUCAUGCAUGCUAACAGAUAAUUCAGCUGACUCGAAAGCGUUUCGAUUGUCUCUGUAACAUUGUAUGUAUCGAUCGGAUGCUAAUGGUUUUUGUGGUACGGGUCAGGGUUAGUACGAUUCUGUGGUAGUAGUUAAUAGAGUAAUAUCUUGUUUUAGUGAGGAUGUUACUUGUAAUGUAAUGUAAUGUAUAUAUGUGUAAAGUGCAAAUAUUAGAGACCUUAUCACAAAAAUGCCCCAUAAGACAUACUUUCUAAGCUUUUGUUUAAUGUACUAUGCUGGCUGAGUUUUGGGGUUUCCA